AUGACGAGCGCCUUCGUUCGCCAUUCAUACGACCAUCUACGCGAAGAGGAGGAGGACUCUUCCGAGUCUUCUCUCGCAGAACUUGUAAUACCUGGUGCUGUAAGUGAGGCGAUCACCUCCGUAUCUGUGAUGCCCAACAUAUCGACCAACAAGCACACUUCGGACGCGAAUCCGGCCACCACCGGCGUUACGAGCAAACCCCAUAAUUUAGAGUCGACUAAUGACGGCGCAGAAAUGAAUCCCCAUCGCAGCGUGUGCUUGGAGGUGUUCCGGAACACGUGGGAUGAGUUCUAUGAGUGGGAGCGGGGGUAUUGUGAGGCCAGGUUAGUGGCUCUAAUGAGUGAGAGACGGAAGGGGACGGCAACGCUCACCUCUACCGCGAAGACGGCGCGCCCAACAUCACCGCCUGGUCCAAUCUGGGUCAUACCGUGUCCCACAACUACAAUCGAUCUCUCCGGUGUAUUGGCGGACUUCGACGCAGGCCCUCAAUAUGAAUCCUGCACACCCCUGAACGGGAACGUGUAUGUAGGCGACGAUCCUGAUGUUAUGCCCUUCUUGCCAUUCGGAGAGGAGGAUUGGGAUGGAUAUCCUCUUCCUGAUGGUGGGAGGAAGCGCUUUGCAUAUGAGGGCUAUAUUGGUGAAUACAGUGAGCUUGCAUGGAUGUCUGCGUUUGAUGACCCCGACUUGGACUGUAUUUUGUACGCGACCACUAACCGCCUUGCCUCGAUGUCGAUAUCGUACGCCCAAAUGGAUGCGACAGGCAUGUUCGCGCGGACGCCUAGGCUGCCGUUGCUCAGCGCGCCCUCUGGGGACCCCCCUGGCUUGGAGGCGAGAGCUGCUAAGAGAGACUUUCCUCCCUUCCCCUCCCUUCCUUCCCCUGGCUCUUCCCGCCCAUCUCCGCCUGCUGUCUUGUCGACACUCCGAACCCGGAUCUACCCACUGUUCUGCCACAACAUCACCUGUAUCCGGCAAAUCUGUCCUACUCACUCUGAGGGCACGCCCUAUCCCCACGCCACGAUCCCCGAAAAGAAGAGUGUUUAUUUGGUCGACAAUGACUCCUCCCCUUGCUCACCAACAUGCUUCCUCCUCAUCGCCAAACCUUCAGGUACUGCUCUCGCGUCAUCCACUUUCCCCAAUGCUGUACUACCGCAUGCUGAGCAUGGACAAAGAGGCGCAACAGGAGCAUUGAGGCCAGCUAUUCUGGAUUCCUGGUCCGCUGCAGAUAGAGACACUCUCAUCACUCUCCUCGAACUCGACGCAGACGCCCGGCCAUGCGAUCUGGCCGUCAUAAUGAAGAAGAGUUGUAAUGACAUAUUUCGCUUCCGCAAGCGCAUGUUCCCAGAUCCGAUGAUUGCCUCCCGCAAUUCUGGGAAAGCACCACUUAAACCGUCUAAGCAUGGGACAAGGGAUAACAUCCUCGCCCGGGCCCAUGCUACCACCCCGGGCCCUGCGAUGCCACCUGCCCUUGUGUGCUUGCCAACGUGCAGUGCGAGCGCAAGUGCUUGUGCGACGAUUUUUGCCCCCUUCGCAAAGGAUGUAAAUGUAAACCCCAGCGGGUUGCCAAAGGGAGCAAUAAAGACAGCGGUACAAAGAGAGUCUGCUGCCGCACAAAACGCUGCCCCUGCAGGCGCGCCAAGCGUGCAUGCGAUCCGGAGCAAUGUGUCGGGUGUGCCAUUACGGAUUCCCGAGUGCCGACUUGUUGCAAUAUGGCGACUUUAUGGGCGGCUGCUGGUAGACACCGCUGUUGAAGUGCGACGAUCGGCGCACGGCUAUGGUCUUUUCCUCAAAGAGAGUGUGCUCGCGGAUGAAUUCCUCAUGGAGUACACAGGUGAAGCAAUCCUCGACCCCACCUGUAUCUCGCGCGACCACAUCAUCGCCCACCGCCAGCGCAACUAUCUUUUCGCGCUCCAUACGACCCUUGGGGUCGACUCGUCGCUUGCGGGGGAUCCAUCAAGAUUUAUCAAUCAUGGAAAUCCGCCUAAUUUGGUUGACGGUUCUAUGAGUGUGGGUGAGGGCAUCGCGAAUGUUUAUUCACAUGUGGAAAUUACGAAUGGGGGGCACGGGGUUGUGCUAUACGCUGGUACGGAAUUGCUGCUCGAUUACGGGCCCAAGUUUUUCAAGCAGAUAAGCGGUGGUGACGAGGAUGGUGACGAGGAAGACAAUGUCAAUGAAGAGAAUGUGGAGAGGGAGGAAGCGAAGAAAUAUACAUACUGGGAUGAUGAUCCUGAGUAUGGGGAGGCGGAAGAAUAUAAAGAGUAG